AAAACUACUAGCGCAAUCUAUCUUGGAUGUAAUGCAAUGCAUAUAAAAAAUUAUAGAACAAAAAUUUUAAUAAAAAUAACAGUUUUAUAGAAAUUUAUAAUUUAAUUAUUUAAAAAGUGAUUAUUUAAUUAAAAUUUGGUUACAAAAAAAAAAAGAAAGUGAUUAUUUAGUUGACUAUUUUUGUUUGCGUAAUAUUAAUUUUCUACAUGUUGUUUAUAGAAAUUUUAGAAUAUUUGUAACAAUAUCUCAAAAUAAUAUUAAUCGCCUUAUUUAUAAGUAGAAGUUAUUUUACAAAAAAUUAUUUUCUUUGAAAAAAUUAAAAAAUUAAUCUAUUUAGUGUUCGAUUUAAUAAAGUUACAAUCCAUGGUUACAUUGCAAUGAAUAUUAAAAUUUUCUAAAAAAACAAUACUUUUAUAAAUUAUAAUGAUAUUUUUUAUUCUUUUUUUAUUUUAUUUCAACAAUGAAUAAUAUAUAUUAAUAUAUAUAAAUAUAAUGUAUUAUCUUAUUGGAUUUAUUCAAAUUAAAUAAUUCUAUGAAGUAAAGAUAAAAUGUGCCAUGUUGGGAGGGAAUAGUAUGGUGGGUGUCUUGGACAUACCAUACGCAGUAGUCUACAGAGAAUAUAAAUAGGAGGGGUAUUUGCACCAUUGACCCAGUGUUGAGUUGACAUACGGUCAGUUCAGUCACUCGAACGGAAUUCGUUUUACGUCUUUCAAAUUUUAUAUGUGUAUGUAAAUUGUUAAUAACUGUAGUAAAAGUCCUUAUAAAAUCAACAAUCCAAUGCAAUCCAAAACACUGCCCUUUCUUACUUAUCUUCCAACUUUACAAUUUUACAUCCAAAUUAUCAGCAUGUAUUUAGUAUUUUAAGUAUUUUGCAAACAUUUUUCUAACAAAAAUUUAAUGGAUAUUGGUGACACCCAUUAUUGAGUGAAUGUGAAUCUUGUGUUACGAUUUAAUUUAAAAAUAUCAGUAAUAUUGAUAAACUAAUGUGCAACGAUAAUCAGGCCUUAAUAACGGUCAAUCUUAUUAAAGAAAGUAAACUUUUGAUGACAUAAAUUUUAUAUAUUUGAUUGACAUUUGAUCGAACAAUUAACGAAAAUACAAAAUUAAAUUAAAUUUCUUUGUGAGCAAUUUUCAGAUUGUUUUCUUAUUUAAAAAAAUAUGUCAGAAACAGCAGGAAUUUCGCAGGGAUUGGGAAAUCCUUAUAAAAUUGUUGAUCAUACUAGAGAAAAACGAAAGGGAAUCACUGCUUCUUCUUUAAAAGAAUUAAUUAGUAUUGCAAGAAAUCGUUUAUCUUUACCUUUAGAUGCAGAACUAACAAUUGUUCUAGAACAAGAUGGAACUGAGGUAGAUGAUGAAGAAUAUUUUGCCACAUUAGAAAGAAAUACUAGUUUAAUGGUUCUAUAUGGAAAUCAGAAAUGGGUGGCAGCAGGAAGCAAUAAAGCUGCUUCUCGUUAUAUAGUUGUUGAUGAUGUAGACAAUAUAGAAUGUGGACAAAGAAGAGAUGAAAUUAGAAGACGUCGACCACCAAUAGAAGCAUUAGUCUCAUCAUUGCAUGGAGAUCCAUCACAUAUAUCAUUGCUUGAUGGACAUAAUUUAGAAUUACUCAGUGAUAUGGAUCCAGAUAGUGUAGCUGAUAUAGUGUCUGGCAAUAUAAUCUUUUUAGAACAAUUAAAAGAGGCUUCUGGCAGAUUUUUGGCUGAAAAACGACAAGCUCAAGGAUCCUUGGAUGUUCUUCAGAUGUGUGCAAGUGGUGGAGAAAUAGAGCGAGCGUAGGCCAUGUGGGGGGUGGGCGCCCUCACAUUGGCUAACAUGUAUCGUGUGCGACGUCGCAUAUUUUAUAAAGGUCGCCAAUUACAACAAACUUUAAUCCUUUUCUGGAAUUGAGCCCAUCAUUAACAUUUAUAGCGUUUACAAAAUUUAUUACGCUAUCUAUCACCAUUGUAUUACUCAUAACAAUUGAAUGUUUGCAUUCUUAAUGAAAAUCUUAAGAUUCUUAUGCAAAAAUUUGAAAGCAAUGAAAAAAAAUGAAUAUAGGAACUAAUAAGUUCCUAAUUUUGACGAAUAGUCAAAAUUUAUUUCUAAAAUUUGCAAAUAUUGCUAAAUAUGUGAACAUUUAAAUUUAUUAACAAGAAAGGAAUAUGUGAAAAAUCAAUGCUUGAUAGUUUAUAAUAUGUUAAUAUUAUUAUAAUAUUAAUGAAUAGUUUUAUAUUCUGUUAAUAGUAAUUGUUUUUUUAUGUUAUUUUUUAUAGGUUUAUGGUAUAAAUGUACUUUUCUAGCAUUAUUUAUUUUGUAGAAUAUGACAUGAGGAAUUGCUUUAAUGCAAAAUGAGAUCUUAAAUACACAUGCAUAGUUAAAUAUAUGCAAUUUAGCCAUUAAAUAAUCUGAAUGUAUUACAUAAACAAAAGUUAUAUAGAAAUAUCAUGUCAAAGAACAUAUUGCGUCACGAUGUUGUCAUAUCACUUAGUAAAAAGGACGAUUCGUUUGAUUUAUGAAUUUUUGUAUGUAGAUAUAUUAUAUCAAGAUUUAGUUCAACAAAGAUUGAUGAAAUGUUUAAGACUGAAUUUAUAGAGAAAGAAUGCAUCCUCAUUAUAAUCAUCAAUUCACUAUACACUAAAUUUAGCAUGAUAAUAGGAAAUAUCAAUAUCAGCUCUUUGAUACUAAAGUCAUGCAUUUGAUAAGAAAAAAUGCAAAAAAAAAAAAAAGAAAAUAUAUAAGUGUUUCUGAAAAGAUUAUGCAUAUGCAAAAUAAUAUAUAUCAAAAUAAAAUUUGUUAUUAUACUUAUACUUGUUACAAGAAGAAAAUAAAAUUUUUAAUGUUCAAAAA